CAACCAGCUCCUCUCUGAGCAUCAUGGGAACCACAGAAGCCACUUUGAGGAUGGAAAACGUGGAUGUGAAGGAAGAGUGGCAAGACGAGGACUUCCCCAGACCUCUGCCAGAAGACACAGGGAUGGAGUCACUGGGCAGCCCUACAGAAGAUGAGAACACAUCCUCUCCCCCAAAUACUUUAAACUUUAAUGGGGCCCAUCGGAAGCGGAAGACACUUGUUGCACCUGAAAUCAACAUUUCCCUGGACCAGAGUGAAGGCUCCAUUCUCUCUGAUGACUUCUUGGACACACCAGAUGACCUGGACAUUAAUGUGGAUGAUAUUGAAACACCUGAUGAGACAGAUUCCCUUGAAUUCCUAGGGAAUGGGAAUGAACUGGAAUGGGAAGAUGACACUCCUGUAGCCACAGCCAAGAACAUGCCUGGGGACAGUGCAGACCUCUUUGGGGAUGGUGGGACAGAAGAUGGGAGUGCUGCUAAUGGGAGGCUCUGGAGGACUGUGAUCAUUGGGGAGCAGGAGCACCGCAUCGACCUCCAGAUGAUCAAACCCUACAUGAGAGUGGUGACACAUGGAGGAUACUAUGGAGAAGGUCUCAAUGCCAUCAUUGUCUUUGCUGCCUGCUAUCUCCCAGACAGUAACCUAGCAGAUUACCACUACAUCAUGGAGAAUCUUUUCCUAUACGUGAUCAGCAGUCUGGAGCUGCUGGUGGCUGAGGACUACAUGAUCGUGUACCUAAACGGAGCAACGCCCCGGAGGAGGAUGCCAGGCCUGGGCUGGCUGAAGAAAUGCUACCAGAUGAUAGACAGAAGGCUGCGUAAAAACCUCAAAGCCCUGAUAAUUGUGCAUCCCUCGUGGUUCAUCCGGACAGUGCUGGCUAUCUCCAGACCAUUCAUCAGUGUGAAGUUUAUCAAUAAGAUCCAGUACGUUCACAGCCUGGAGGAACUGGAGCAUCUUAUCCCAAUGGAGCACGUGCAGAUUCCAGACUGUGUCUUACAAUAUGAAGAAGAGAGGAUUAAGGCCAGAAAAGAAAGGGCAGAAGAGAAACAAGACAUGGCUGAGAAGGAAAGCAGGCCUGUGCUCCCAGCAGAGGAUCAAGAAACCAGUAUGUCAUGAAUUGAAGGAGACUGGAAUGAAUGGAGCAGAAGAAUGACGCAGCCUGGCACUCACCCAUGUAAAUGACCUUUUGGUGUAAGACCUUGUCACCAUCUUAUUCCAAGUUCUGUAAGAUCACAGAGCCUGCCCUCCCUUGUCUCCAAGAUGCAAAGUCCUUUAAACUUUUUGGAAAAAUUUUACUUUAACAAAACAAACAAAGAAAAAAAAACAAACAAAAAACCAAACACCAACCUCAGAAAACAAAGCAAGCCAAGAAUAGCACUUUUCAGGACAGGUUCCAGUGUGUUUCAGUAAUGGUCUGUGGAGAGCUAUUAAACUAGUGCAAAUAGGUAUCAUGUUUCCCCUUAGAAAGUUAAGAGCAUCCUGUAGUCCAUUAGUCACCAGCCCAGAAAGAGAUAUAUUUUUUGUUUAAAUUAUAAAACCUUCCCCUUAACUUGCUGCUGGCCAGCACUGAGACAUUUUGCUUUAAACUGCACAUCCAGUUUCCUCCACACAAACACCACAACAACCAUUGCCCCGGGGAAUAAGAAAUGCAGAGUGCAUUUUCAUCCUUUUUAUAUCCAGCAUAUGUUUCUUCCUAAAAAUACCAAGUGCCCACAGGUCCAGGCACCUCUUCCAGCCUCAAUCACCUCAGUUAAUUCAUUGCCAGUUCCUCAUAUUAACUCACACUGAACCAUUCUGUGAGUAAAUGCCAUGGUUUGCCCCUAUUUGUUCUGUCUCAGUUUGUAAGGCACUCUGCUAACUCUGAAAGAGGGUUCCCUAUGGCAUGGCAGCCUCCACAGAACCUUUCUAGGAGCAUCUUCUCAUAUCAGCACACACACCAAAAAGGUCUGGGUUUAAGAAGGAGCCUUAAGGACAGGAAAGUUUUUCAUGCCUUGUCUUUGUCUUGAUUUCAUGACACUGGACAAUCAUUCACUAUUAAUACCUCCUUAUCGUGGAGAUAAGCUGCUAAAUGUUUGAAAUGUUCUAUUUUGCUGUCCCUGGGUAAUGAGGGCCUGAUCUGUACACAUACCUGCUG